AUGAAAGUUCCCUUUGUUGUAAUUUGGCCUUUCCUUUUUUUCCUCAUUUUUCUAAAAUGUUGCUCAUGCGAUAAGUUAGACUUACUCCACAAGUUUUACUUCAAGGAUGCCCUUGGGAAAAACAAGGACAUGGCCCCUGGUGAGAAGGAGCUGUACCCAUUGAUACAGGACCUUGCGGUGGAUGACGACCACUACCCCCUCGCAGGUGAACCUUACGAUGAACAUUCUUUCCCUGACCCGUUCGUUAACCCCGAGGAGUGCGUCCUAUCCUUAGGGAUCAGCCACACUUGGCUGUGUGACCCAUCCCAUAUUCUGAGUUUGAGUGAACAGCUCGAAGUUGAGGCGGCUCUACUGAAGAUACGGGACACCAAUUUCCACAAGUGCUUCAACAAGGGAGUGUUUUACUACCAAGUUUCAGUCGCGCUGGUACCCGAAAUUAUCAUCACCAAAAAUAGCUCCUAUGAGAAAGCCGUAAAAAGUUUCUCUCAAAAGUUGUUGCGAAAAUGGGGCAUAGGGAACAAGGAGUGUCACGACGGUAUUUUGCUUGUAUAUGUAAAACAACUUGGGCGAUUCAUUAUUUCGACGAGGGAAGGAGUUGAGGAAAAGUACAUAAAGGAGAAGGACGUGACAAAGCAGUUUAUGGUUACUUACUUUGCCACGGGUUCGGUUGGCAGGUCUUUAAUCGAGACAUUGAAUUUUAUUAACGCAAAGUUACCUUCGAAGCCGCAAGAGCUGACCAACACAGGGAAAACUUUUUUGUUGCUGAUUUUUUUGUACGUUGUGUCUGUCGUUGUAAUAUACAUAGCGACUGUUACAUAUGGAAAGAAGUGA